AUGGCGGUGUGCUUGGGAGUGUGUAGGUUACAUUUUAAGGCAGCAGAGAGAAUUGUCAAACUGCCUUCUAAUUCACAUUUACAAGCUCGGAGUAUAAUUAGCAAGAGAAACGCAGUGACUAAUGCAAAACCAAUUAAAAAUACUCCUCAAACAGAUGCAGCUGUUGAAAAUGAAACAUUUUACAAUCUUCAAGAAGGAGGACGAAAACGAGCCGAGAACUCUGUCCUUAUUAGCUGCCCUGCGAAUGUCAACCAGAAAAAGUUCUUAGACUACAUCUUCAAAUAUGGUGAAGUUAGGAAUCACUUCUUCUAUCAGACAUAUGGUACCUAUGCUGUGGUGGAAUUCUCUAAUAGAGACAGCAUUGCAGGACUGAAGGAAGCCUGUACCAUCCCAAGUAUCCAACAUGAAGCUGCUGUGCCUUUCAAAUCUCGUCUGCUCUCACUGAAAUGGAUGGGGCCUGGAAGCCAGUCAAAUGCAUCAGCACCGCUAAAGGGCAAAGAACAUUCACCACUUCCCAUCAAUGAACUAAUUCAAUUGCUCUCAAAACAGCAAAGUAUAGAUCAGCAACUGCACUGUCUGACCGAAGCCUAUCAACUGACCGAGGACAACAUCAGUCUUCGUUUUUUGGUCUGUUCUCUGCUCAGAGACAUCGCUGCUGCUUAUUUUCCAGAAUGCACUAUCCGGCCUUUUGGCUCCACUGUAAACAGCUUUGGAAAACUGGGUUGUGAUUUGGACAUGUUCCUGGAUCUGGAUGGCAUCAGCGGCCAGAACCAGAAGAAGGGUUCAGGUUUCUCCCUUGAGUACCAAGUGAAGCAUGGCACGUCUGAACGGACCGUCACCCAGAGUGUCCUCUCUGUUAUCGGGGAGUGUGUGGACCAGUUCGGCCCAGGUUGCGUGGGUGUACAGAAAAUUCUUAAUGCUCGAUGUCCGCUUGUCCGAUUUGCUCACCAGCCGUCGGGAUUCCAGUGCGACCUUACUGCAAAUAACAGGGUGGCGAUGAAGAGCUCUGAGCUGCUGUUUGUCUAUGGAAAGUUGGAUCCCCGUGUGAGAUAUCUGGUGUUCGCGGUAAGGUGCUGGGCACGAGUUCAUGGCAUCACCAGCAGCAUUCCUGGAGCAUGGAUCACCAAUUUUUCCCUCACUGUGCUGGUGCUGUUCUUUCUUCAGCGCAGGACACCACCUAUACUGCCCACUCUGGACCAGCUUAGAGAUCUUGCAGGUCCUUCAGAUAAGUGCAUUAUUGAAGGAAACGACUGCAUGAUUGUGACUGAUCUAAACAAGAUUGACCUACAGAACAACACAGACUCACUUGAAAAGCUGCUGCAAGAGUUUUUCGAAUUUUACGGCAAUUUUGCCUUCAGCACAAACUCCAUCAACAUCAGAAAGGGACGAGAGCAGAACAAACCUGAGUCGUCCCCCCUGCACAUCCAGAACCCAUUUGAAACCAGUCUGAAUGUUAGCAAAAACGUCAAUGGAACACAACUAGAGAGGUUUGUGGCGCUGUGUCGUGAGAGCGCUUGGCUCCUGGAACAAAAAGAUGUGCUAAAACGAGGUGCUGGCAGUUCAUCAGACAUAAUUCCUCCUUGGGGACUAGCUGCCCUUCUGUUGCCUUCGGUUGCUGAGUCAGCUGGGGUGAAGGGUCGCCGGAAGAAGAAACGUGAGCCGGCCAGUGAGAGGAUAAAAACAUUGCUGGAGUCACUAAAAAGCAACCCUGGAGGAGCAGGUUCGAAACAGAGUCAUGUUAAUAACCGCCGCUAGGGGGCAGCAUGUUUCCAACCGUACCGAAUCUGCCGGAGUGCUUCACGACUGGGUUUAACAAACUCGACGGGUGUAGUUAAGUGGAACUGUGGUAAGUCUAAUUUGAGGAGAAGUUCCGUGACUACCUGCCUGUUGUUUUACCACAGUCUGCCCACUGUAAACCACAGUAAUCAAACUGCAUCACAUCCACAAAACACAGUUUGCAUCUCACUGUAAGUAAACUGUGUCUCCAGUUUCAAGUUCCUGUAAACAGGGAAUCCAUAAGUUCAGAAAUGGUCACCAUUCAUGUGCUUCAAAUAUAUGGAAGAAAACCAACAUUUUUUUUUAUUAUUCCCUUUUUAGCGUUUCCAAUUGCCCCAUUGCAUCAUGCUUCCUCUCCACCAAUGCCGAUCCCUGCUCUGAUUGAGGAGAACGAAGCAACCCACGCCACCUCCGACGCGUGGGCAGCAUGCCGUAUGCAUUUUAUCACCUGCACUUUGACGAAUGCAGUGCAGCUUAGCUGCGUGUACGGAGAGACACACCCUAAGAGCACUCUUUUCUCAUCUCUGUGCAGGCGCCAUCAAUCAGCCAGCAGAGGUCGUAAUUGCACCAGUCAUGAGAGAGAGAGAGACCCCAUCCGGCUUAGUCCCGCCCAUAUGAACAACGGGCCAGUCGUUGUUCAUGUGGCCGCUCAGCCUCAGCCGGCGAGGCAGAGCUGAUAUUCGAUACGAUGUAUUCGAGAUCCCAGCUCUGGUUCCAGCGUGUGUUUUUACCGCUGCGACACCUGAGCGGCCCGAAAACCAACAUUUAUAAUGUAUUAACAAUUACUGUGGAAAAACAUUUCACACAUUUCGCUCUCCUUAAACAAUUUUAUACUGAAAGUCUAAGUCUACAUUUAUAUUCUUAGCAGAAUUUACCUCAUAUCAUGCGCUAAAUUACUAUUAGCUUGUUAAGUAUAGUGCACAGCUAGUUAACAGUCUAUCUUCACGUGAGCAAAAUUUCUAUUAUUGAUAAAUGUGUGUAAAGUAUUAAAUUAUUAAUUCUUA